AUGGCAUCACAGAUCAUCUUACCCGAAGAGGGCAAAAACAAUAUCUUGAUCACAAGCGCACUCCCCUACGUCAAUAACAUUCCGCAUCUCGGAAAUGUUAUCGGCAGCGUACUCUCGGCGGAUGUCUUCGCGCGAUUCAGUAAACUGCGCGACAGACCAACACUCUUCAUCUGCGGAACAGAUGAAUACGGAACGGCGACCGAAGCAAGAGCUCGCGAGACUGGACAAACUCCAAAGCAACUUUGCGACGAGUUCCACACGAAGCACAAGGAGAUCUACGACUGGUUUGAGAUUGGAUUCGACUACUUUGGCAGAACCACGACCGAGCAGCAGACGAUCAUCGCACAAGAUAUCUUCCUGAAGCUGCACAAGAACGGAUACUUGGAGGAGCGAACAACCAAACAACCAUACUGCGAACAUCACCACUCCUUUCUGGCCGACCGAUUCGUCGAAGGCACGUGUCCCAAAUGCCAGUACAACGAUGCGCGGGGCGAUCAAUGCGAUCUAUGCGGCAGUCUCCUCGAUGCGCUCGAGCUCAUCAACCCUCGAUGCAAGGUGGAUGGCACAACUCCUGUCGCCAAGGACACCACCCAUAUCUUUCUGCGUCUGGAUAAAGUACAAGCAGAUAUUGAGGGUUUCUUUGCACAGUCGAGCGUGGCUGGCGGAUGGUCAGCCAACGGCAUUGCGAUUACAAAGUCAUGGCUGGAAAAGGGACUGGAAGGUCGCAGUAUCACACGAGAUUUGACUUGGGGUACACCAGUUCCAUUGCCUGGAUACGAAGACAAGGUUCUAUACGUCUGGUUCGAUGCCUGCAUAGGUUAUCCCUCGAUCACCGCCAAUUACACAAAGGAUUGGGAGCUCUGGUGGCGCAACCCGGAUCAGGUCAAGCUCUUUCAAUUCAUGGGCAAAGACAACGUUCCUUUCCAUACAGUCAUCUUCCCGGGAUCUCAGCUCGGAACUAAGGACAAGUGGACAAAGCUGCACACCAUCUCCGUUACCGAGUACCUGAACUACGAGCAAGGAAAGUUCUCGAAAUCGAGGGGAAUUGGUGUCUUUGGUGAUGGUGCCAAGGAGACUGGAAUUCCGCCUUCGGUGUGGAGAUAUUACUUGAUUGCGAACAGACCUGAGAUUGGCGAUACUCAAUUCGAGUGGAAAGCUUUCAUUGCGGGCAACAAUAGUGAACUUCUUGCGAAUGUUGGUAACUUCGUCAAUCGAUUGGUCAAAUUCGUCAACGCGAAGCUUGAUGGUACGGUUCCAGAAUUCCUCCCAACCUACGAGGACGAUUCCUUCGAUUUCCCUGGCUUCAUUUCUGAGGUCAAUGGCCUUCUCACCGAGUACAUCGCCGAAAUGGAAGCUGUGCGUCUGCGAGCGGGGCUGAAGAAGUUUAUGGAGAUUUCCGCGAAAGGCAACCUCAUCCUUGCUGGCCGUCUUGACAACGCCAACUUGACCAACAGCCCGGCACGGACCCACGCUAUUGUUGGAAUUGCUCUGAACCUUGCAUACCUUCUUGCGUCUAUCUCGUCCCCGUUCAUGCCCUCAACCGCGAAAUCCAUCGCUGAGCAACUCAACGGCCCUCUUCUCUCGAUUCCCGAUAAAUGGAAUGCAGGUGCUCUUUCAGGCGGCCACAAGAUUGGCAAGGCCGCAUACCUGUUCACCAGAAUUGACGAGAAGAAGGAAGAAGAGUGGCGAAACAAGUAUGGUGGUACACAGGCUUCUCGACAAGCCGAAGAAGAGGCCAAAGCCAAGAAGGCAGCGGACAAGGCGAGAGAUAAGGAGCGCAAGAAAGCUAGGAAAGAAGCUGCCAAUGCAGCUGGAUCAAGUGCAGAGGCCUCUAAGAGCCCGGACGCCGCUAAGGAUACUGAUGCGAAGGAAGGUACCGGUGCGAAAGACUCAGAGCCCAAGCUAGAUCUGGAGUCGCAAAUCAAGAAGAAUCUCGAAGCCUUGAAGGGGACUCGGCUUUCGAAGGAGGGUGAGACUGAGUUGCCGCUGGGAGGCAAGACUGCUGAAGAGCAAGCACCGCCACCCUCUGCCGCUCCCUGA